CUCUCCCAGCACAGGAGCCUGCCUCGAAGCUGAGUUUCCUGCAGCUGCAGCAUCCAGCCACAGUCCCAGCUGAUUCCACAGGAUGUCGGAAAAACCAAAGGUGUAUCAAGGGGUCCGGGUGAAGAUCACAGUGAAGGAGCUGCUGCAGCAGAGGAGGGCACACCAGGCGGCAUCAGGGGGAACCUUGUCCCGAAGCAGCAGUGUCCAGCUUCCAGAAGCAGUUUCACCUUCUUCUGCAGCCCCCUAUUUGGAGCCAGAGCCUAUUUCUCCUGCUCCCAACUAUUUUCAGCCCCGACAGUUUUCCAGUUGCGUGUCCUAUGAAGAAAACCCCAGUUGCCUUGACCAAGUCUUUGAGUCCUACCUUCCAACAGAGUCGCUCCUGGACCACUCGCUCAGCUCCACACAGGGCAUCCCACCGUGUUUCCCAGACAGCUUUCAGGCCACCCCUUUCUGCUUUAACCAAAGCCUGGCACCAGGAUCACCCUCAGAUUCAUCAACUCUGUCCAGCCCUCUGGAAUACAGUUACUCCCCACCUCAGCAGCCAUCAUUGACUCCAGUGACUUACAACUCUCCUUCCUCCCUGGACACCAGGAACUGUGGGUUUCCCCCAGAAGAGUACCCCUACCAUCAUUUCCACUCUCACCCCCAAUACAGCUGUUGCUCCUCUUCCUCCUCUUCCUCUGUCUGUUACUGCACAUCAUGUGAGACGGAGCACCUGGAUACCAUCAAAGUAUCAGAGUACUUCUCGUAUCCAGAUACAGACUGUAUAGACUAUUCCCAUUCUCUGCCGACAGCUGUGGCUGAUGAUUUUUAUAGACGGGAAGCAGAUUGUGACAUCUGCUACAGUUAGUGGGAAUGCGAUUUCUUUGGAGUAUUGUACGUGUAUAUUUUGCUACUGAAGUUAGGUAACACCUCAAAAAAUGCUGUCUAGAAAUGAAUGUCGCAGAGCACAGUUUACACCUUCACUACACUUUUUUAAAUUUUUUUUAAAUAUCCUGAUGUUAACUUAGUCAUUGAUAAUAAGCCUGCUUAAUCCUGCCAUAGUCACACUCCUGCCUUGUACACUUACAGUUAAGAUUCCUUAAAGAAAAACUUUCACUUGUUUGUUUUACUCUCCUAUA